GGCAGCACCAGCACUACUGAUCACCACCAUGGGUACCGGCAGCACACCCUCGGGGAAGGCAGCAACAGUGCCAGGAGGUAUUGACCUACGAGGAGGAAUAGGAGUAGGAGGCUCAUCAUCAUCAGCAGGAGGAGGAGGGCCAGGGAAAGGAUUGGGAUCUGGGGAUGGUGGCGAUCUGAUGAGCAGCAACAGCAACGCCAACAUCAUCCGAGCAUGUGAUCAGUGCCGCAUACGGAAAAUUCGCUGCGACAAAGAAUCACCAUGUUCCAACUGCCGUAUUGCAAACCGCCAGUGCAGUUCCACUGGUGCAGGUCAGAAACCAAGAGAGGCACGACAGAGGGUCUUGAUAUCUACUCAAUAUGAGCGGAAGAUCGACCAAAUAGAGGAGCGCCUUGGCUCCAUAGAGAAACUUCUGCGCGAGCUCACCCUCACGAGCCGCAAUACCCUUCGGCUGCAGACCACUCUUCCUCUCCACGAGCACCCGCCUGUCGUCUCGCCCGAUGCUGAUCGCCCCUCACCCACGCCAGAUGGCACCACCGACCUGGACUCGUCCGCCUUCGAGGGCCACUCCUCCCUCACUGCCCACUCCCAGUUUGCCAGCGAGUUCCUCGAGAGCGCUGUCGAGCGUACUUCGCUGAGAGACGUCAACCCGAACAUGGCCGCCGCCCUGUCUUCCCUCAGGCAGAUGGUCGGCCUGCGAGGGUCUGGCUCUGGCGGUGCCGGCAGCGCGAGGGACGUCCGGUUCGCCCACCAGCGUGUCCUCCCGCGCGGCGGGUUCCGCGAGCUGCCCAUGCCUCCCGUCACCGCCGUCAUUCCCAUCCUGCGCGAGGUCAAGGAGACUCCUCCUGGCACCUUCACCCUCAUCAGCGUGUGUUGCUUUAUGGCCGUCGAAAAUUUUGCCGAGGCCUGCCGCCGUGUCUAUUUCGCCCUCGAGGACUUCAGCCACGCCACCUUCAUCAUCGUCAACGCCGGCCUGUACUACCUGUUUCAGGAGAAGAGCGUGACUGCGGCCACCGACGCAGCAGUGCGCGAGUACACUGGCUACUACGAGCUGUGCCGGGCCAACCUCGAGACGGGCCUCGCCCACCUGCGCUUCUUCCUGGGUGCUACCAUGGAGACCAUCGAGGCCCUGCUCCUGGGUGCCAGCUACGCCAUCGAGGUGUCCCGCCCCAGCCUCGCCUGGCAGCUUAACACAACGGCUGCCCAAUUGUGUCAGGACCUGGGCUACCACCGCGUCACUGGCGGUACUGUAGGCGCCGAUGGUAGCGAGCCUAGUAGCGUGACCACCGUCCUUGAUGAUAAAAAGGCCAUUCUCUUCUGGUUCAGCUACAUGCUCGACCGGGGCCUCGCCCUGCGGCUAGGCCGUGCUCCCAUCAUCCAGGACUUCGAUGUUACUCUACCCCGCGUCAUCGGCCGCGUCAACGCCACCGAGAUGUGGAAGGAGGUCCUCCGCCUGUGGAUUGCCCACGCCGACGUUCAGGGCCAAAUCUACGAGAGGCUGUACAGCCCAGCGUCUCUGGCGCAUCCGCCCGCCCGCCGCGCCGACGCCGCUCGCACCUUGGCCGCCCGGCUUAAGAUCAUCGAGGAGCAGGCAUCCCUGUUGCGCACGGGAGACAUCAAUCGUCAUGCCAGAGACGGCACCGAUGCUAGGAAGGUUGUGGUCGCCGAGAUGGUCAUGAAGAGUGACCAGGUUUCUUUCCUGUCCAGCCUGACCCUCGUUUACAGGGCCAUUCCUUCGCGCUUCCCUGGGGCAUCCACGUUUGCGGGCGAGUGCAUCGACACGGCCCGCCUCGCCAUGCAGACCCACGAGGAGUGUAUGAAGUUGAUGGGAUCCAACCUGUGGGUUGCGGCCUCGUACAUCCACUGGACCAUCCUCUACGCCCCUUUCGUGCCCUUCAUCGUCAUCUUCUGCCACAUCAUCGAGACCUCAGACGUCGCUGAUCUCCACCGCCUGCGCGAGUUUAUCGACUCGUUGCAGCCCACCUGUGCCGUAUCCGAGGGCAUCGAAAAGCUGCACCGCCUGUUCUCGGUCCUCUACAACGUCGCCAUGUUGUACGUCGAGGCAAAGGGCAGGGCGGGUCAGCACCAAGACACCGACAUGGCCCCGAUCGGGAACGAGUUUGAUGUUUACCUCAGCGCCCUGGGCUUCAUGCCUGUCGACGACCCAUCCGGGAGCAUGGCUGCUGCGGCCGCUGCGGCCGCUGCUGCCAAUGGCGGCGGUGGUGGUGGUGGUGGUGGUGGUGGACAUGGUACCAAUGCUGGGGCCAUGACAGCGUCACAGCAGACGACGCAGCUGGGUGACUGGUUCUCGGGCAACCGGUACAUGAUGGGGUUGUUGGAGGAGGACCUUUCGCAAUUUCAUCCUAACACGUGGAACAGCGGCGUAUGA